AAUUGAUUAAUCUGAUUCAUCAGUUUUUUUACUUCUUUAAAAAACAGAAAGUUUAAAUAUGCUGAGGUGAUCGUCUAAAAACAAAAAAAUAUGAUAUUACAGUGACAUACAGAGAAACAUUACACAAGCUUUAGUCCUGUAAAUUGCAAUGAAACCUCACUGACAUCAUUACAGACGUUCAUGAAGCUCAUGUGUGUUAAAAGAAGGUUUAAUUUCAGAAUAACCUAAAACCUGAUUUACAAUCUCACAUAAAUGAUGUAACACCAAGAUACAGAAGACCCUCUGACAUCAUCACAUAAAUGUGUAGCUCAUACAUUUUGUCAUUGUAUUGACAAGACUGCUAACUUUCUCCUCUUAUUAAAGUUACAAAUAACUGCUUUCAUUAGCGUAAAUCUCUUUGAUUACUGAAUCUAGACUCUUUCAUAGUAUCUUUGUGUAAAUAAUAUUUAAGGAAACUUGAUCCCGCAGAUGCUUCCAGUAUGUGUACCAGAAUAAUCGAUUCACUAAAUCAAAUUAAAGUUUCACAAUAUUGUGCGUUGUUAUUUAUUAAGAUAUAUCUGCACUCUCAGAUGAUCUUUUUAGCUUAUGUGAUAGUGUAGUUUUACAUAUGUAUAAGUCAGUUAUGAAAACCAGAAACAUGAAUUUCAGUAAAUGAAAAGAUUAACUCAUUAAAGAGCAGAUUACAUUCUGUGCUGAUGAGUGGGCCACAAACUAACACAGAGUUAAUUGUAAGACGGCUACUUUGCAUAUAUUUCUACAGGGCUGAGCAAUCUGUGCUUUUGGUCUUUUUCUCUUACUGUCAAAAGAUGAUCUCCUGUUAAUUGUGAAAAGUUAUGUUUUGGUUAAGAUAUUGAACAAAGAAUGUUUUAGUGUAAGUCAAUCUCACCAUCUGGGCCCUAAAAGCAUCUUUUUCCAUUGACAGAUAUUAAAAGUAGCCAUGUAUUUUGAAAUCAGUGUUAUUAUGUCAAAAUGUUAUUUCCAUAAAGCAACACCGUCAAAAAAUGAUUAAUCAUUAUCCCUAGCUGUUAUUGGGGUGGUGCCCUUUAAAGAAGUACAGCUUUGAACCUAAAUGGUUCAAAUUAGUACCUCAAAGGUACAUAUUGAUAAGAGUGCAUAUUAGUACCUGAUAUGUAUAUACUGUAUUAGUACCAAAUGUACGACCUUUCUACAUGGUAUUGCCACAUGCAGUGGCAGCUUAGGAAAUAUUUUCCUGACAGUGAAUAUAUAAUUAGUCACAUAAUAUUUGAGAUACAUGAUUGAGAUUCAUGGGAAUGCUGGCAUACUGUUUCAGAGUGAAUAAAUAAAAUGGGCUGAGCACUUUCUCAGUUUCUAAGAAGUGAUUGAAUGGUAAACUCUCAUGCAGACUCUCAAUUUGUCUUUCAUUAUAAAAACAUUUUCUCAUUAUUGAUCUCUAAGCUGCAGUGGUAUUUCUCUGAAUAUUUGUCCCUGUGUUAAAUAUUCAAAUAAACUUUAUUUCUGCUGAGCUUGUCAGACCUGACAAAAGAGAAAGCAACAUUUCCUGAAGCACGUUUUCAGUGAACGAAAAAAAAGUAUCUUGUUCAUUUAUGAGGGGAAGUGGCAAUAGAGAGAAAAUACAAGAGGAAAAGGAAAUAACAUUGGUUACAAUAUGUUAAUACUCAGAAAUUUAUUUACAUAAAUAAGGGGGAAAUUUGAAGACAAACUUUUGCUGCCUUAAAAUUGGAUGUAUAAUCAAAUUGACUUUACAAAUUAUUUAUUACAUUAACGCAUUUGGCAGACGGUUUUAUCCAAAGUGACUUGGUAAAAAUAAAUUGGUCCAGUUCUUCUUAGUAUAACAGAAAGUAAAAAAAGGAAGAGAAAGAAUCUUAUUCAACAGUGUUUGUUAAUACUUAGAAAUGUAUUUAGAUGAAUAUCUGUUAGAGGAAAAUUUCUACUGUUGUGUAUAUAAGAUGAUGUUCAGAUGAUAUUCUUCACACAUCAAUCUCUGAGAUCUUGAAGCUCAACACAUCUUCUCCAGGAUUCAUUUCUUCACAUCAUCUAAAACAAUGAGACAUCUGAUGGCUUUGAUGUUUCUGGUGAUCUUCUGCUCUCUGCAACUGACUACAAGUGCUCCAGUUGCUUUGGACAAAUCAACAUGCUGUUAUAAGUUCAGCAAUGCAGUGAUUCCUCUGAAACUGGUGAAGUCGUUUUAUAGGACUGACAGCAGCUGCUCCAAACCAGCCAUUGUGUUUAAGACAGACAAAAGAGAGAUCUGUGUAGAUCCAGAAACCAGCUGGGUGAGCAAGCACAUCGCUAAAGUGGAUAUGAAAACUUCAACUAGCACAACAACUACAAUGACUACAGUACAAAAACCUAAACCGACACAGUCUUAAUAAUCUGUUUAAACUAAACAUCUUGUACAUAUACUUUACUCCUACUAUAGGUUCUUAUUUGAAAAUGAUAUACUGUAUGAUGACAAUGUGUUUUACUAAAUAUUUGUAACUUGUCUAAAUAAAAUAUAUAUUUUUACAUUUUAUACUCUUUUUAAUAAAAAAUUGACAAUAAAUAUAUAAUUGUGUAGUGAAGUUUUUCCUAAUAGAUCACACAUUUUUUAAUUG